ACGCGGCACGUUGUCUGCCUCUGACGUGGCUGCCGGGAUCCGCCAUCUUGUGCCGUGUAAACCAACGCCUCAGAGACGCGGAAGGUGUACGGGAUAGAACCGGGCGUGUGAUCGGGAAAGGGUCUCUGAGCAGCUCCAGGUGCGGCGGGGGACAGAUUAUUUUUUCCUGUUUUGAGCGAAUCUCCCGUUUCCGGCAUGGGGAACAUCUUCGCCAAUCUCUUCAAAGGCCUUUUUGGCAAGAAGGAAAUGCGGAUUCUGAUGGUGGGGCUGGACGCCGCCGGCAAAACCACCAUCCUCUACAAACUGAAGCUGGGCGAGAUCGUGACCACCAUUCCAACUAUAGGGUUUAAUGUAGAAACGGUGGAAUACAAGAACAUUAGUUUCACUGUGUGGGAUGUCGGCGGUCAGGAUAAGAUCCGGCCCCUCUGGCGUCACUAUUUCCAAAACACACAAGGUUUAAUCUUCGUGGUGGACAGCAACGACCGGGAGCGAGUGAACGAGGCGCGAGAGGAGCUCAUGAGGAUGUUAGCGGAAGAUGAGCUCCGAGAUGCCGUCUUAUUAGUCUUUGCCAACAAACAGGAUUUGCCGAACGCGAUGAAUGCGGCAGAAAUCACAGACAAGUUAGGACUUCACUCCCUGCGCCAUCGGAACUGGUACAUCCAGGCCACGUGCGCCACCAGCGGGGACGGGCUCUACGAAGGACUGGACUGGCUGUCCAAUCAGCUCCGGAACCAGAAAUGAAACCUGCGGUCGUUGCUCAUAUUUGGUCGUUUUGUUUUUUUGUUCCCCGUCCCUCCAUUUCUUCCUUUUCUUAUUUUUUUCUCCCCGCUUCUCUCUCGUGGCAAACUGCGUUACUUCGCGCUGCCGAGUGCCGGGAUUGGUUCGCGUUUUUCCCGCCGCGCUGUAAAUGUGGCAAAGAGCCCGAAGCAGUUGGGUGUCUUAUUUAAUGUAAAUAGUUUUUGUUUCCGAUGAGGCUUUCUGCUACUCCUAUGCAAUAUUACUCCACAUUUUUAAUGUAUGACAUCACCACUUAAUACUGGAAGGGAGCAGAAAUCCUGAGAUUUGCGUGAAGUCAUUCAAAUGCUAGAUUUCAAAGCAGAAGUAUUCUUGCCGGUCCGGUUUCGCAGAGUUUUCCCCUCUUUUCGUGCUCGGGGUGAUGGCGGUGGGUUUAUCUGUCGGGCCGUCGGGCCCCGCAUAGCCUGCUGAAUGUCAUGUUAAAGUGGUGCAGGGCUUUAAAACAAACUAUUUAACCUCA